UGUACAGCACAGCACUAGGAAAUACUCCGACUAAUGGCGUCUUCGCAGCGCGUCCGACAGAUCAGCUGAUUCUUAUAUCUGCCUGCAAAACUACAUGAACACAAAAGCUGCGCGGCAGGCAUCAUGACCACAGCAAGGUACCGACCUACCUGGGAUUUGGCCCUGGACCCGCUUGUGUCCUGUAAGCUGUGCCUGGGAGAGUUUCCCUUGGAGCAAAUGACUACAAUCACCCAGUGCCAAUGCGUCUUCUGCACCAUGUGCCUGAAACAGUACGUGGAACUUCUCAUCAAAGAGGGCUUUGAAACCGCCAUCAGCUGUCCAGACUCAGCCUGUCCAAAACGUGGACAUUUACAAGAAACUGAGAUUGAAUGCAUGGUGGCCACAGAGAUAAUGCAGAGGUACAGGAAGCUGCAGUUCGAGAAGGAGGUGUUGCUGGACCCAAGCCGGACCUGGUGCCCGUCUUCCACGUGCCAGGCCGUGUGCCAGCUGAAGGAGUCUGACACGGCACUUCCGCAGUUGGUGCGGUGCAGCGUUUGCACACUUGAGUUCUGUUCCGCCUGCAAGGCCAGUUGGCACCCGGACCAAGACUGCCAGGAGAACGUUCCCAUUACCUCGUUUCUACCCGGAGAGAGCAGUUCAUUCUUUAAGGCCGACGAUGACGAUGCUCCCAUCAAGCGCUGUCCCAAAUGUAAAGUCUACAUCGAGCGGGACGAGGGCUGUGCGCAGAUGAUGUGUAAAAACUGCAAGCACGCUUUCUGCUGGUACUGCCUGGAGUCUCUGGACGACGACUUCCUCCUGAUCCAUUAUGACAAAGGACCCUGCCGGAACAAAUUAGGCCACUCCAGAGCCUCCGUCAUCUGGCACAGAACGCAGGUUGUUGGUAUCUUUGCUGGCUUCGGCCUGCUCUUACUGGUAGCCUCUCCGUUCCUGCUGCUCGCCACACCAUUCGUCCUGUGCUGCAAGUGCAAAUGCAGUAAAGGCGACGAUGACCCUUUACCCACCUAACAUACCAACACCGGCGGUCCCUGAACGAGGAAUUCGGCUCAUCUCCUUCAAACGUUUUUCUUUUCCUCCUCCGCCUUCGAGCUCUUCAUCAACCGGUGGGCAUCUCACGCCGCGGGUUAAUAUCACAGCUAGCUGAGUAGGCUCCAUCCCGACAGGCCUUGAAGAGACUGGAGGAGGCGUCCCGAGCCUGCCGCUUGCUUUAGGUGGAGGGAUUGGAGAGCCGAGGGCUUUACUGACAGCGCCCUCCGCAGGACUUGAGGAGCACGGCGGCACUGCUCCAUCCGGCCGCUUGUCUGUUUUCUGGAUGUUUCGUAUAUGUGGCUCUUCUGGAGGGUUUCUGUUUGAGCAGAAAAUAUUUUCAGCGUGGUGUUUGUCUGUUUUCUAUGUGAAUAGUAGCAUUUCAGUCACACAGCCUGGUCUUUGUUAUUUGUUUUGCACAAAUAAGGGGCUUUUUUGGUCACUUUAAAUGGUCUUGAGUUGAGUUUUGGGCUCAAGUGUACAGUUAAGAUACUAGUUUAAAUGUUUUAAGGUGAGACACUGCAGGCAAAAAAAAAAAAACAGUUUGACCUUUUUGGCUUUCCAAAGUGUUUGUUUUCAGUCUAAUAUAAAGUGAACACAAACAUUUAGCACUUUAUAAAUGUGUGAUUUCAAUUAUGAUACAGUUUAAAGUCUGCUUUCUCACAAAGAUUUUUCCAUAAAUCACCACUUCAGCAGCGCUUGGACAGUACACUUUUUAUUUAGAUCUGUAUUCUGACAGUUUUUACAGAGGGAUUUGUUUAUACGCUGUAAAAAAUGCUGGGUUCCACUCAGUCCCUUAAUGUUGUCCUAACACAAAUUUAUUAAGUUAACUUUAAACAAAUUUAAGUGCAUUGAACAUAAAAUAAUUAAGUUGUUCCAAAAAAAACCUCAAGGAUUGUGUUUAAUCUCAUUUUAAAUCGAGUAGAUUGAACAAGCAGCAAAAAAUAAAAAUAAACAUUUUGAGGACAUAAUUUUAAACAACAUUUUAGUGUACAAAAAGGAGGAGAAAUUAUUUUGAAUAAUUAAUUCUGGUAUUUUCUAACUUAUGGAGAGAUAAAAAGAGUUCCCAAUAUGCCCUCUUUAAAAGCCAUUGAUUCUGUGCAAAAGAUUAAAAUAUUCAUAUUAACCUGACAGUCAAUGUUUAGAUAUUUUUGCUAAGCCUUUAGCAAAUUUAAUGAAAUAAUACCACUUUAGCAUGUUUCAACAUUAUAUUUUAGACAACUUGGCAUAUAAAAAAACAACUUGUUUUUAGUAUAAUCAAUCAACUGUUGGGAAGUAUGGCGAGAGCUAUUAGUGCAAUUGUAAACCCUGUUCACCUGCAGUGUCUUGCCUUAUUAGCUAAAGUUUGCAGUUGGAUUUCUUUAAUGGCACUUUUUUGUCUUUAGAUGUAAAACUUCAGAGAAAGCUAGUUUUAUUUGGCAGAAUUUAGCUGUUGAUGAUGUCAUCAGGAGAUGAUAUUUGCCAAUAUUAUUUCUCUCAGUGCACUUAAACUUUUUUUAAACUUCAGAUUGAGUCACUGAUGUCCCUGCAUUUAAAUAGAAAUAUGAUUCCAAAGCAGGACUUUUCUGUGCCAAAUAUUGACCCAUUAAAAGUGUCACACCAAUGACACUUUCACUUAAUCCAAACACCCACACUACUAAAUGCGAACUUUCAAAACACUGAAACCAAAUAAACUUUUUUUUUGUAGCUAACGCCUCUCAUUUUUUAACUAUUCUCUUUUUUUAUUUUUACAUUCUUAAUGUGUCUUCAGUUUUUUUUUGUACCUAAAUGUUCUGUUUUUGCUUUAUUUUCAAUCUAAAUCUAUCUUUGUUAAUUAAAAAAAUCUGUUUUUAAUAAAUUAGGUUUUCUUUUUGUAGCUAAAGUUUCUCUUUGUUGUGUUUUUUAAUAUAAAGUUAAAACCCUCAUUCAUUUUCUCUAGUGAAAUGUAAGCACGUGUCUGAGAUUUAGUCAUUUUGUAUUUGUUGUCACAGACCUUUUGAAACAUGCAUACAGCUCGUACCUUCACAUCAGUUUAGAUUUCAGUCCCUGUAGUGAUUUCAAGACUGUUUGGCUUAAACAUAUUUACAAGUCUAGCACUGUAUCUAUGCAAGUUCAUAUACCUUGAAAAAAAAAGUCUUGAACUGAAUGAACUGUCAUAAGUUAGUAUGUAGUAGUUAAAAGGACAAACAUGUCAAUUUAUGUUUGAAGCUGAGUUGAUCAGUUUCUGAAAAGCCAUUACAAAUACUUCUUUGAGUCAGUAGACUGGUUUUAAAACAGAAAAAUGAUACUGAAUGUCAACAUCUUGCCUGCAUCACCUGAAAUAACAAGCACAUGUAAACAAAAAAUUGUUGUGCCAUCAUAUGUAACUGAUAAAUAUUCAAUUCAGAGCACCUGCCAUAUGUGUAGCUAAUUAGCUGGGUAAUAUGUAGCUCAUUAUGUUUCUUUCUCUUCAUUAAUCCCAUGCCAUUUAUGUUAUGUAAUGAAAACGUGCCAUGUUGGUGGUUGAUUCGACAAAGUGAAUGUUUUCUCUUGUAAUACAAUAUUAAUUCCACCAUUAGAAUCUGACAGUAUUCAUUAAGCUGAUUUCUGAUGAAUAUUUGAUGUUAAUCAUGUCCAUCUUAUGGUAGCAGCCUGCAUUAUCCUGUUUUAGCCUUAAAGUUUUUGAGCACCUCACUGGUUUCUUCUCCUGUAGCCUGUUUUUUUUAAACGCAUUUAUCCUCAGGUCCUUUGAGAUUACUAAUUUUGGCACUUUUAAGUGAUGUUUAAUGGUCUACAUCAAUAGUCUCAAACUCAAUUCCUGGAGGGCCGCAGCUCUGCAUAGUCUAGCUCAGGGGUGUUCAAACUCAGUCCUGGAAGGCCGCUGUGCUACAUAGUUUAGCUCCAACUUCCUUCAACACACCUGUCUGGAAGUUUUUGUAUACCUAGAAAGAGCUUGAUUAGCCGGUUCAGGUGUGUUCAAUUGGGGUUGGAACUCAAAUAUGCAGGACACUGGCCCUCCAGGGCCGAAGUUGGGCACCCCUGGUUUAGCUCCAAUCCCCUCCAACUCUCACCUGCUUAAUAGUCUCUAGUAGUCUUGAACACCUUGAUUAGCUAGAUCGGCUUUAUUUGAUUAUGUUGGAGCAAAACUGUGCAGAGCUGCGGCCCUCCAGGAAUUGAGUUUGAGACAUAUGGUGGACAUUUAUGCUUUAGUUAAAAUGUUGUACGUGAAAUGGCCAUGAUAUAGAGUAGGCUAAUAACUAAAUAUAUUUUGCUAAAUUUUUUCUAUGUGCAUGUCAAUUUUGAAUGUCAUGUCUUGUGGUCAUAUUUUUGCAAUAUCUGCAACCACCAAACUUGACAGUGCCAUAUAUUUUUUUUAGAUCUAUCAAAUCCUUUAGAGCAUUUAAGCUACAUCCACCUUCAGAUCUUCAUCUAGCUAUCAAUACCAAAGCCUAGCAACUAGUCUUUGACAAGCUAAGAAAAGGUAAAUCUUUUUGUCAACAUGUUAGAAACAUUCUAAUUUACAUGCUAAUUAUGAGUUCAAUUUGCUAGCAACAUGUCACUUCAUGCUAUGCUAAAACAUUAGAAACAUUUUACAUUAUUAGGCUAGAUAACAUGCAAGUAAAUAGCUAAUUUAUGCUGAAAACGUUAGAAACAUGAUGAUAUGGUAGAUAAAUGCUAACGAUGCAAACGUGCUAGAAGUUUUCUAAAAAUUACAAAUGUUAUCAUGCUAAUCAUGUUAGUAGGCUAAAUUAGAUUUAUGUUGGCGUGUUAAUUCUUGUUAACAUUAAUCGUGCUUGAAACAUGUUGCUAGUGCCAUGCAUGCUAGAAACAUGCUAGAAUUAUGCAAAAACACUCUAUGUUAUUAGGCUAGAUAACAUGCAAGUAAAUAGCUAAUUCAUGCUGAAAACAUCAGCAAUAUGGCAAUUCAUGGUAGAUAAAUGCUAACGAUGUAAACGUUGUGCUAAAAGUGUUCUAAAAUUACAAAUGUUAUGCUAAUCAUGUUAGUAGGCUGAAAUAGAUUUAUGUUGACAUGUUAAUUCUUGUUAACAUUAAUCAUGCUUGAAACAUAUUGCUAGUGCCAUGUUAAUUAACCAUGCUAAAUUAAACAUGUUCAUUACUGCUAACAGUGUUAAACAUGCUAGCAACAUGUUAUCAAAAUGAUAAAAGUGUUGAUUUAUGUAAAAAUAGUGUUAAAAUGUGUUGUUUCAUCCUUAUUAAACACACCAGAAGCAUGCUAACAACAUGUUAAGCCAUGCUAGCACAUGGAACAGGCUAGAAACAUGUUUUUACAUAUAAGCUAGGCUUUCAAAAGUUUGUAAACUAGUCUGCUUCUUCUCUGAUUUGAAAUGACAUUUGAGAAAUAAGCAAAUUGCCGUUUAUAAAAAGCACACAGAUUACCCUGCUGAAAAAUCAGCGUAUGCUGGUAUGUUUUGAUGCUGGUCUUGCUGGUUUCAAUGCUGUUUUGCUGGUCUCAGUGGUUGUUCUGACCAUAUGCUGUUUUUUUCAGCAGGGUACUCAAUCAGCAUCUAGUGCUCAUAUCAGCAACACAUGGCCAUUUCAUGUAGAACAAUAGGAAUAAUGCUUCUAUAUAUUUAUGUACAUGUAAAUAUUGAAAGUUGUGCCAAGCAAGUUUUUAAGACAUCCAUGAGGGAACUUUUAUUUUGACAGGAUUUAUGUAGUCAAAGCGGAUCUUUGAUGUUGUAUGGGCUAUAUAAAUUCAUCUAAUUGUGUUUUAUUUACUGUUUUGUUGUUAUAUUCAACUCGAUGCUCAUUUUAUGUUGUAUAAAGACAUUUUUGUUAAACAUUAUAAUCGUUUCCUUACAUCAGGAUUAUUGAGUUUGUAUUAUUGGAUGUUUAUUCAGUCCAGUGUUGUUUUUGUUGUCUUUUUUCGGGUUGCGUCAUGCUUGUGUGAAAUGCCAUUUGUUCCUACAGUACACCUAAUUUGAAACAGCUUUACGUGUAAAUGAUCCCACAAACAGCCAAAAACUAAUGUUCCUGUUUGUAGUACUUGUUACUCAAAACCUAGCCUUGCAAAUUUAUUUUUGUAUUUCCAGGUUCAGCAUCUGCAAGCUCUUCUAGUUAUGAGCUAGAAUUUGAAAAGUGCUACAGUGGUUUGUUAGUCUUUCACUCUUGGCGUUUGCCCAUUCCACAUAGUAAUCAUUAUUUUACAUGUCUUGACUCGUGCCCUUGUUUAACUUGACUUUUUAGGAUUUUUAGAGACCUGUGCUAUUGCUUUAAAAGCUGGUUUUGCCUUUCACUGUUCUUUCAAUGGCCUUUUCAACGUGCCAUUUGUUUGUUUUUGAUGUUGUAAAGUUUAUUCUCUGAAAACCACAACCAAAUUCCACGUGUACAGUAUGUAAAUUUGCAUGGAUGUGAAUCUUGAGGAAAAAAUACAACUAUGAAAAUCCAACAUAAGUAUCUGUAUUGUUCUUGCCUCUUUACACAUUAAACCAUAUUUAUGUUCA